CUCAAAUUUCUCCUGUCCUUGUUAAAUUAUAUUCUCUACAACAGGCGAACAACCUCUUACAAUCUGUGAAGAAUGAAGUAUAAUCUGUUCUUAUACUAUAAAACAACAUCAAAUUAUUUCAAUCCUUGCAAAAAACCAAAUCUUGGGAAAUUUCCACUAACCCAUCACACUUCUUCAAUGCGAUCAAGGAAGAAGCUUUGUUUGAUCGUCGGCCGUCUUCCCUUUUUCCCCCCCACACCCCACUUGUAAGAGAGCAAGAAGAAUCAUUUCAAGAUAGAGAGCUUACCUGAAAAAUGGGUUUCGUUUUUCUCAUAUUCUCUCUACUCCUUUUCUCAUCAUCUUCAAUCCUGGCCAUUCAUUCCUCUCCGACCAAGAACUCCAGCCAGCACCGCCGCCGCCGCAAUGUUGAGAAUAUUUACAUUUCAAAUCCUAAACCCAUGAGUGAUAUAAUAAAUGUGGUCGGUGGUCCUGAUGAUAUAGUUUGGGUGGUUCAGCUCUCUGAUCUCCAUUUCAGUGUUCAUAAUCCUGAACGAGCAGAUGAUUUCAAGGAAAUGAUCGGCCCUGCUCUUUCAAUGAUCAAUCCUUCAUUGGUUCUUGUUACUGGAGAUCUCACAGAUGGGAAAAGCAAAGAUUUGCUAACUAUGAAACAAGAUGAAAAGGAAUGGAAGGAAUAUCAGCAUACCCUUGAAGAUGUUAUUAAAAGAAGUGGAUUGGAUGAAAACAUCUUCUAUGAUUUAAAGGGAAAUCAUGAUAACUUUGGUAUGCCGUCUGGUGGUAUUUCUUCUUCCGAUUUCUAUUCAAAGUAUAGCAUCAAUUCUCAGUUGGGUAGAACUGGUCAGGUCAAUUCUUUUACUCUAGAGAACGGAAUAAGGAAAGUUUUGUUAGUCGGGUUCGACAGUGCCAUGGCUGUGGAGCUACGAGGACCCACUAACCUGUUCGGACACCCGACAGACAAUUUGCUAAACGAGAUAGAUUCAAAGCUGUCACAAUGGGAUGAGGAUGAUACAUCUAUAGAACCAGUAACAAAGAUUGUAUUUGGGCAUUUCCCAUUAUCAUUUUCAGCAGCUACAGAAUCAAAGGUAACACUAAAGGAAGUUUUCUUAAACCAAUCUAUAUCUGCUUACGUUUGUGGCCACCUUCAUACAAGAUUCGGUAAGAAUUUGAAGAGACAUCAUUAUUCAACCGAUUCCCACUUAUUCUCAUCGAAAACUCAGAACAAUGCACGUUCCAUAGUUAUGGAUAUCGGUAGUAAAGAGAAUUGUUCGGAAAGAAUUCCACCCCCUAACGAAUUCUGGGAAUGGGAGAUGGGUGAUUGGAGGACAAGCAGAGUCAUGCGCGUUCUGGCGGUCGACAGAGGACAAGUGUCGUUUCUCGACAUCGAUUUUCAGUCUGGACAUAAAAAGAUAAUCGUUUUUCCAACUUUUCCUCAGGAUUCACGUUUCAUGUUAACAUCUUCUUCCCUUUAUCAGUACACAUGUUCUGAUGAUCUUUCCUCGUACAGCAACAUACGAGCUUUGGUGUUCUCUGCCUCCCCUAUCACGAACGUGACUGUUAAAAUCUUUGAUUCAAAGUCGGAAUCGGGUAAUCUUAUUACGGUUAUGAAACAAUCCAUGACAAAGAGUGUUGCAGAAACUCCUCGAGGAAAUCUAUACACGGCUCCAUGGAAUUUCACAGCUUUCGAGGAUCCAUCUCCUGAUAGAUUCUGGUUACAAAUCGAGGCAAUUGACAUUAAAGGGCAUUCUACAAUGACUGAACUCCGACCAUUUUCGAUAAACGGGAUUAGCUGUAAAUUCUCAUGGACGUGGAAAGAGUUCUCGGUUAUGGGUUGUCAAUGGGAUGCACUAUAUCAUAUUAUAUUAUGGACAUUCUACAUAGUUGUACUCUCGAUUCUUAUCGUUCCUAAAGUGUUCUUCCCGGUUAAGAAGAUGCAAUACAGUCUUUUCAAGAACUUCAAAGCGGAGAAAACAAUUGGGAAAUUUACAUUUUGGAUUCUAAGUGAGAUCUAUGCUGUUCCUUUUGUAUGGUUAAGUAUGUUAGGUUACCUUGUCUACCUUAUACUGUUUCCAUGGCUUUACGGAAGAGCUUUUUCAGACGAGAUGCCUCGUGGGUAUAUGACUUUUCGAGGUUGGGUUCUUAAAUCGAACAUCGAUAAUGGAAAUACAAUGCUAGUUGGAUCUCCUGAUAUACUUGUGGUUGUUCUUCCUCAUCUGUUGAUGGUGGUUCUACCUUCCAUUGUUUUGAGUGUUAUAUUGUCUGCUGAGAAGACUGUUUACUUAGACUAUGUUCUUUCGCGAUCAAGCAAAAGAGAAAAUGAUGACAACGAGGAAUCGAUUGGGUGUGGUGGUUUAUAUGAGUCGGGUGAAAAUGGAUUCGCAAAUGGUUAUGCUGGAGGCCGGUGGAUUAGGAAAAUUCUAUACUUGGCUUCCGCUGCAAUUCUAAUGAAACAUUUCAAGAACUGCCGAGCUCUGGUGAAGGCAUAUGAGAUGAACCCGCUUGUUCAUUUUCCUAUUUACAGUUUCUUUGUGCCGAUACUGCUGGCUCAUGUCAUCUACAAAACAAUGAGGGCGAAGUGAGAGUUGGGUCGAGUUUCGUCGAUGAUAUACAAGAUAAGAGAAGCCUUGUUUAGGAUGAUGCUUGUUGUUGUUGUGGUUAGAUUAUCAUAUCACUAUUAUCAUAUAAUCAUUGUUUUCAUGUAAUUCCAAAGACAGGGGACUGGCUGGCUGUAUUGCUGUAUAGAUAAUAAAUAUUUAUUUAAACCUACCAAUUGCAAUGAAGUGAAUAACUGCCAUUCUUCUCUGUUUC